ACCCGGGGCCGUCUCAGAGUCAUCACAAGUCUGAGUGCAAAAGAGCCUUCCCUUGCGUGAAGACACCACAACAUCAAGACGCCAGCAUCAUGGUCAAUUUACGCUCCCAAAAACGGCUCGCAGCCGCCGUCUCUGGCGUCGGUAAACGCAAAAUCUGGCUCGACCCCGCAGAACAAGCUGAAAUCGGAAACGCCAACUCCCGUGCGCACGUCAAGAAGCUCAUCAAGGAGGGCCGCGUGAUUAUCAAGCCCACGGUCAUCCACUCUCGCGCACGCACACGCGACCUCCAUGCUGCCAAAAGAAAGGGCAGACAUACGGGCCCUGGUAAGAGGAAGGGUACGGCUGAGGCGAGGUUGCCUACGAAGGUGCAGUGGAUGCGGAGACAGAGAGUCUUGAGACGGCUGCUGAGAAAGUACAGAGAGGCGGGGAAAAUCGACAAGCAUCUUUACCACUCCCUUUACCAGAAAUCGAAGGGUAACGUAUUCAAGAACAAGCGUGUGCUCAUGGAGUACAUCCACAAAGCCAAAGCCGAGAAGAACCGCACAAAGGUUCUCUCCGACCAGAUGGAGGCUCGUCGUGUCAAGAACAAGGCAACCCGGGAACGUCGCGCCGAGCGGCUGCGCGAGAAGCGCCAAGCAAUUCUCGCCAUCGAACAUGAGGAGGCCGUUCACGAGUAAACGAAAACAGCAUUUCCCAUUUGUCCCCAUACAACCUUGGUUGGUUCCCCGCAUUGCAUGGAUGUGUGUUGCUGUCAUGGAAAACCAUGCCCCCUUUCUUCAGAGUAUCGUGUUGUCCCUACGCCCGUGUAUCUCAUUCUCUUUAUGCUAUGCAUACAUGCAACCUGCCAUUUCACAACGUCGGAUUCAUCUUUGUUUUCUCAUGCGUUCGGCAUUCUCUGUUCCCAGCGCGAACUCCAGUAAGGUCAUCGAAACGCCUUCUAUCGUCAGAUAGUCACUUCAUAAUAGUUGUUCCGGAAAGUACUCGCCAUGACAACACUAACAC